GUUUUAGUUAACGAUCAUCAACACGUGCUCUUUCUUCCGGUCCAGGAACUACCACCAUGGAAUGUCUGAAAUGGUUUUCUAGAGAGUACCAUGAUUUGAAUGGCUCCCACAUCCAAGUUCUCGACAGACCUCCCACACCACUUGAGUUUUCCAGAAUAGCACACAUCUCUCGACCUGUUGUUAUUCAUGGACUCCAUAUACCCGCUACCAAGGACCGAUGGAGCAAUGAAUAUCUCUGUGACAAGAUGAAAGACCGGCCAAUCUCGGUCUCGGUUACUCCGAAUGGGCUGGCUGAUGCAGUCACAACGGCCCCAGAUGGAAUAUCCUACUUUGUUGAGCCUCAUGUCGAAUUGAUGACAAUGGGGGACCUCUUGUCGAAAUUCGACGGCGACACGACCAGGGCAUACUAUCUGCAAUCCCAGAAUGGCAAUGUCUACUCGGCAGCAUAUUUCGAUAACGUCGAUAGUGAUUUCUCAGAGUUCGAUGUCCUGCGUCCAGAUAUUCCCAGCGAAAUUCAUUGGUGCAGCAAAUCGUUUGACAAACAUCCGGAUGCGGUCAACCUCUGGAUUGGAGACAGCAAGAGCAUAACGAGUAUUCAUUGCGAUCCUUAUGAGAAUAUAUACACUGUCGUCCGAGGAGUGAAGUACUUUACGCUCCUCCCUCCCAGUGAGGGUUGGUGUCUCCAAGAACGUACAUACCCUCAUGCGCAGUAUAUACGAGCCUCGCCUUCGACGGAGUUAUGUAUCAAACCAUCACCUCCGUCUACUCCUACCAUCCGCUGGUCCUCAGUGGGUGAUCCGAAUCUUCCUGGAGCUCUGCCUGACGAAGCGAAUCCAAUCAAUGUUGUAUUGCAAGCAGGUGAAACGCUCUAUCUACCAGCAGGAUGGUGGCAUCAUGUUCGACAAUCGGACGAGAUUACAGUUGCAUUAAACUGGUGGUACGAUAUAGAAAUGCGAGGCAUGACGUGGGUGCUUCUCACAUUUCUUCGAGGAACAGAUUCCCCUAUGAUAAAAGGUAAAGAAGAUGACAUGGAGGGUAGCGAAGUGGAGGAAGCAUAAAAAAUAAAAAUCGAUUCGGUGUGACGGACCGAAAUGCCGGUUUGUCACACUUUGU